GUGUGUGUGUGUGUGCUAAACAUCCGGUGAGUGAGUGUGUGUGGAGGAAGAUGGCGGCGCUGAUCCUCCCGUCUGACUGGAUAAAAAACUGGGACAAAUCCGGGAAAAAUGAGUUUUUCCAGUUUUUCCAGGGCCUUGCAGGGAAACCCAGCAGUCAUGAGCUUGUUAAAGAUCUGCAGACAGCCCUGUAUGAGCUCUGCUGGCAUGCUAUCCAGGGCAAUCUGAAGGUGGAUGUGGCUGUCAGUCUCCUGGCUGAUGUUAUGGAGCUGCGGGACGACAUGCCUUCUAUUUUAGCGGAUGUUUUCUGUAUAUUAGAUAUCGAGACUGGCUGUUUGGAGGAGAAACACAAGCGAGAUCAUUUUACCCAGCUGGUUGGAGCCUGUUUGAUCUGUGUUCCUGAUGGUAUGCUGAAGGAGAGAUUAGAUCCAGAAACGCUGGAGUCUCUGGGGCUGAUCAAACAGGCUCAGCAGUUCAACCAGAAGAUUGUCAAAAUCAAGACCAAACUAUUCCAGGUCAUCACAGUCGAGGAGCCUAAUGGAGAAACGCCAUCAUCUCUGUACCACAUCGCUGCAGCUCUUCUUCAACACAACCUCAUCGCUCUUGAAGACCUCUACGUUCAUCCUCCUGAUAACCAGAAGCUGGGGCUGCUGGAGGCGCUGCUGAGGAUCGGUGACUGGCAGCAUGCUCAGAGCAUCAUGGAUCAGAUGCCAGCUUUCUACGCCACCUCCCACAAGGCCAUCGCCAUCGCACUGUGCCAGCUGCUGCACCUGAUCGUGGAGCCGCUCUACCGCAGGGCUGCAGUCCCCAAAGGUGCCAAAGGUGGUUUGAUGACACCUCUGCGAAACAAACAGGCACUGCGGCCGGCCGAAAGCUUCGAUGAUCUCUCCAGGGGCGUCUUCACCAUGCUGUGCUACCUGGGCCCUCACCUGUCCCACGACCCCAUCCUGUUUGCCAAGGUCGUGCGACUGGGCAAGAGCUUCAUGAAAGAGGCACUGCGGCCGGCCGAAAGCUUCGAUGAUCUCUCCAGGGGCGUCUUCACCAUGCUGUGCUACCUGGGCCCUCACCUGUCCCACGACCCCAUCCUGUUUGCCAAGGUCGUGCGACUGGGCAAGAGCUUCAUGAAAGAGCUUAUGAAAAUAUUUUGCUUUUGUCAUCACGUCCUUUCCCUAGGUCUCGCUAGUCUUUGUGGAGCGGUUUUCAGGAAAUAUCCCAUCGAGUUAGCUGGUCUUCUGCAGUAUGUGACCAACCAGCUGAAAGCUGGAAAGAGUUUUGACCUGCUGAUUCUGAAGGAAGUGGUGCAGAAGAUGGCAGGGAUUGAGAUCACGGAUGAAAUGACUGUGGAGCAGCUGGAGGCCAUGACAGGUGGAGAGCAGCUCAAAGCGGAGGGUGGCUACUUUGGACAGAUCAGGAACACUAAGAAGUCGUCUCAGCGUCUGAAGGAUGCUCUUCUGGACCACGAGCUGGCGUUACCUCUGUGUCUCCUGAUGGCCCAGCAGAGGAACGGGGUGGUCUUCUCUGAGGGGGGAGAGAAGCACCUUAAACUCGUGGGGAAGCUUUACGAUCAGUGUCACGACACUCUUGUACAGUUUGGUGGCUUCUUGGCGUCUAACCUCAGCACAGAAGACUACAUCAAAAGGGUGCCGUCAAUCGAUGUCCUCUGCAACCAGUUCCACACGCCACACGAUGCUGCUUUCUUCCUGUCUCGGCCCAUGUAUGCCCAUCAGAUUCUGUCCAAAUAUGACGAAUUGAAGAAGGCAGAGAAGGGCAGCAGGCAGCAGCAGAAGGUCCACAAGUACAUCGCAGCCUGCGAGCAGAUCAUGGCCCCUGUGCACGAAGCUGUCGUGUCUCUUCACUUGCCCAGAGUGUGGGAUGACCUUCGACCUCAGUUCUAUGCCACCUUCUGGUCCCUCACCAUGUACGACCUGGCGGUGCCACACAACGCCUACGACCGCGAGGUCAACAAGCUGAAAAUACAGAUCAAGGGUAUCGAGGAAAACACUGAGAUGCCUCUGAAUAAAAAGAAGAAAGAGAAGGAACGCUGCACAGCGCUGCAGGACAAGCUGCAGGAAGAGGAGAAGAAACAGCUGGAGCAUGUGCAGAGAGUCCUGCACCGCCUCAAACUGGAGAAAGACAACUGGUUACUCGCCAAGUCCACUAAGAAUGAAACCAUCACUAAGUUCCUGCAGCUCUGCAUCUUCCCCCGCUGCGUCUUCUCAGCCAUUGAUGCCGUUUACUGCGCUCGCUUCGUGGAGCUGGUGCACCAGCAGAAGACGCCCAACUUCUGCACCCUGCUCUGCUACGACCGAGUGUUCUCUGAUAUCAUCUACACGGUAGCGAGCUGCACAGAGAACGAGUCGCGCCGCUACGGCCGCUUUCUGUGCUGCAUGCUGGAGACUGUGACUCGAUGGCACAGCGACAGAGCCAUCUAUGAGAAGGAAUGUGGCAAUUAUCCUGGGUUCCUGACUAUUUUCAGAGCCAGUGGUUUCGACGGAGGGAACAAAGCAGAUCAGCUGGACUAUGAGAAUUUCCGGCAUGUUGUCCACAAAUGGCAUUACAAGUUGACUAAAGCGUCAGUUCACUGUCUGGAGACGGGCGAGUACACCCACAUCCGCAACAUCCUGAUCGUGCUCACCAAGAUCCUACCCUGGUACCCCAAGGUGCUGAACCUGGGCCAGGCUCUGGAGUGCCGCGUUCACAAGAUCUGCCAGGAAGAGAAAGAGAAGAGGCCCGAUCUCUAUGCGUUAGCCAUGGGCUACUCUGGCCAAUUGAAAGGCAGGAAAGUGCACAUGGUGCCAGAAAAUGAGUUCCACCAUAAGGAGCAGCCAGUGCGCAGCGCCACGCCUGGCACUCUGCAGAACGGACCGGGCAACACGGGCAAGCCUGCCAGCGCUGGCAAAGCCGAGGAGGGCGCCAUCGAGGACUCAGAUAAAUCCAAGGACAAAUCUCAGGCGGCUCAGAAGACUGCCAGCAAAAACAGCACCGCAGCCAAUAAAGUGAGCAGUAGCAACGGGAGCAGCACGCCGAACAGCACUAAAGGGAGCAAAGAGAAGGAAGAUAAAGAGAAGACCACAAAGGAGAAAAAAGAGAAGAAAGACAAGAACCCAGGAAGCACUCCAGAGGCCAAGGCAGGAGGGAAGGACAAACAGAAGGAGGAGAAACCCACUGACAGCAAGGAGAAGACGCCCAAGGCCGACAAGGACAAGAGGAAGGAUGACAAGAAGGAAGAGAAGAGCAAGAUCGAUGGGAAAUCCGCUGAAAAAGAGUGGUCCAAGGAACGCGACGUGUCCAACGACAGCAAGACUAAGGAAGGCAGCAAAGUGGAGAAGAACGCUGGGGCCGGAAGCAUGAAGUCCCUCGUGCCCAGAUCUGAAGGAGUCGAGUCUGAACGGGAGCAAAAAAGACGAAAGCUUGACACGCACUCGUCACCGUCGCACUCCUCUGCAGUUAAGCACCAUCCUAACCACAGCACAGUCCUGCCCAAGAGCAAAGAGAAGGACGACGAGAAGAAAGAGUCUGACAAGUCCAGGGACCGUUCCAAAGAGAGGGAGAAGAAAGAAGACCGGAAGGACCGGAAACGAGACUACUCGAACAGCGACCGCGAGAUGAGCCAGGAAGCCAAGCGCCGCAAAGAUGAAAAUGGAAUGAGCUCCUCCAAACACAGCAAGAGCGCCAGCCCCUCCGAAUCGCCACACUCCAACGACAAGGACAACAGCAAGCGCUCCAAGUCCACCAGCAAGGACAAGAGUGAUCUGGCCAAACCGGAGAAGACCUCUGGAGGCAAAAAGGAAUCCAGGCACGACAAAGAGAAAUCCGAAAAGAAGAGAGACAGCACUGGCGCUAAAGAAGAGAAGAAACAAUAUCCUUUGCUGCCAUAAACACAGACGGCUGCGUGUAGAGAUGGAAAGAAGUCUUGCUCUUUGUAUAGAAAUCAGCUUUACACAAACUCAGCUCACUGCUGCAGCGCUGGAGCAGAUCAACACACUUUUUCCUUAACAUUCAUCACCCAUAAACACAGAUAGUGCAUGCUGACACUCGAGGUGAGCGUUAAUGCGGACGAAGAGCUUUUGAGGACACACUUUUUUUGAUUACUCGUUUCUUAAGACUCGAGUGAAUAGGAAAAAGAGCAUUUAAUUAGAGGGAAUUGGGGGUAAUUGAUUUGCAAUGUGCUUUUGGAUAAUGCAGAAGUUUUAGCGACUCCUGAGGUGCAUUGGCUGCGGUCGCUCCUCUUCUGCUGCGGGACUCUUCAGCCCAGCUUUCUCAACCGUGUUCCCUUCUCCGGUCACCGUCUGGAAAGAGCACUCCCUCGCACUUAGGAUUUUUGCCUGCAUCCAAACUUCUGUUGUUUUGCCUAGAAAUGUCGUCGCUUGUAUUUUAAUCUGCCAUUUUUAUUGUGAUAUUUUCAGUACUUCACUGAAAGUUUGUUUCCUUUAAAUGUUUAGCACAAUGUGCUUCUUGCAUCACAAACGGAUUCAGGUUGAAUUGGUGUCGCUCUCCAAUGCUUGCGUUUUUAUUACCUUCUUUUCCGUUUUCUUCUUUCUUUGGUUGGUUUCUUUUCUUUUACAAAAUAGAAACAGUCUGGUUUCCUUAAUACUACCGUUUUUCCUUUUUAAUUCACAUGUGAUAUUUAGACUAGGCGUUUGAAGCCGUACAAAUGCUCUAAUUUGUAUAUUAUGUAUACAGAAAUAAAACGGUUCCAUGUAAUAAGACAUUUCCUGUUACUUUCAUUUCAAAUG